AUGCGAGCGUACAGCACACGAGAAACCCUUUUUCAAUUCACCCGCGGCCGAUUCCUCACCGACGAAGCCAGUGAAUUGGCCAAGAGAUACAUCCGUUUUGCCGUGGAUGAGCUCGCCCGCUUAGCUGUUCGGGCUGCAGAGGCGGCAAGUAAUGGGCCGCGAACGUGUAUUGGCAUUGAAAAAAUGGCCGACGGAAUGCACAAUAAGGCUAUACGCUUCACAAUGGACAAUGGCUUCCAAGCAGUGGGCAAAGUCCCGAAUCGGAAUGCUGGGCUUCCGCACUUCACCACUGCCUCGGAAGCCGCUACAAUGGACUUCAUGAGAAAAGUCUUCUGUACGCCAGUUCCCAAAGUUCUUUCGUGGAGUUCUUCGACCGACAACCCUGUUGCGGCGGAGUACAUCCUCAUGGAGAAAGCACGCGGCGUGCCACUGAGUAGCCUGUGGGACAAACUUGGCGCGCCGGUCAAGUUCAAGGUGCUCGAAAAAGUCGCCUCCUACCAGGAGCGCUGGUCCCAGAUUUGCUUUCACAGUAUGGGAUACACGGAUAAAGAUGGCAAUCACGCUGUCGAUGAGAGGUUCGCUGUUGGACCUUCGGUGAGUCGGCAGAAUGUCGAUGAUGGCAGGGCAAAGUUGGAUUUUAACCGAGGCCCCUGGGAUACCGUAGACACUUAUGAGCGGGCAACUGGAGAGCGCGAAGCUUAUUGUAUCAAAAAUAUGGAGCAACUGCCACGAUCUCCCAUUGCUAUUCACUAUUUGGGGACGUACCAGCCGUCGCGCGAGACAAAGCUUUUCGCGAUCGAGAGCUACCUCAAAGUGGUCAAUUUCUUACUCCCCGAGGACGAGGACAUAUCAGCGUCCUGCAUCUGGCAUGACGACUUGCAUGUCGAGAAUAUCUUUGUCAAUCCAGAGGAUCCAGCAGAUAUAUGCGACUUUAUUGAUUGGCAAUCUACAGAGCUCGCCCCGCUAUACCAUCACACCAUCGAACCGUAUAUCCUAGACUACAAUGGCCCACCACUCGAAGGCCUCCUCGACCGACCAAAGCUCGCCGACGUCAAAGCGCUGUUCCAGGAUGAACACGACCAAGCAAUUGCAACCCGCAAAGCGGAGUCCUUAUUUACUACCAUGUCUCUGCUCGCGCUUUACAGAUAUCUCCUGCACAAAACGAUGCCCCGGUUGUUCAAGGCUCUCGAGUUCCGGCAGACCGACUGCUUCGACUUACUUCUGUUCGCCCGGAACCUUCUGGUCGACGGCGAGGCUACCUACCUCGGACUCCUAGCCAAGCAGCAAGAGGAGAAUUGGGCUGGUGUCUCGAGGAUAUCGAGGAGUGGAACAAAGACACCGCUUACGUUCUCGCACGAUGUUCUCCAGAAGAUCAAACGUGACAGCGCAGGCGCGUCGGCCGCAAUGGCGAUGAUGGGAGACGUGCAGCGCAUGAUUGGCAGCCAGUAUUUCCAGGGCCGGGGGUUGGUGAGCCACGCGCAAUUCGCGGAGCUCGAACGAAUCCUCCCCACGGCGAGAGAUGACUUUGUGCGGACGCAUGCGCGCAACGAGAAAGAAGAGCAGGAGCUCUCUGGCGCGUGGCCUUUUGCUGUACCGGAACGCGUCGGCGGCUCCCCUUCCCUUUGCGGCAAUCCCGCCCGCCGCCUCUUCUCGUCAUUCUUUUUCCGCCGUGUACUCCUCCUCCUCUUCCUCUUUUCAAGACUUCUCACAAUCUGCUGCCUGCCCUCUCACGGCGUCACAUCUCCCUCUAGUACUCAUGUCUGCCCCCUGAUCGGUCCUUCCCAAGACUGGGCCUCUCAAUCCAUGUCGGGUCGGAACGCCCCUCGCUCGAAGAACGGCUGCAGUACAUGCCGCCGUCGCAAAGUGAAAUGCGGUGAAGAGCGGCCUGUCUGUCAGCGCUGCUUCAACCUGCGACUCAACUGCGAGUGGGGGGUUCCUGUCAAGCGCGGGAAAGCGGCCGCUCUUGUACGCCAUAUACAACCCGCGCAGCCGCGAUGGUCGACGCCGAGUGAUCUGGCGCCGACGUCGGUUGUUGCUGUCCCUACUCCAGCCACGGCGGUAUCCCCAGGCGUGAUCUUUCAUGCGCCGCACGCGAGCGUCCCCGCGGACCUGUGGCAUCCCGCGCCUUCCGGAGACCUGACUCCCAUCUCGACUGACGCCGUUUCUCCCGCAGGCUGGCCCUGCUUUUCCCAGUACCCGCAACCGCCUCCGUCUCCUCUAUAUCCAUCUCUGUCGACCUCCGAGAUUGCCUGCGCCAAUUCCCUGGUGCUCUCCGAGCAUGACCAAAAGUACUUCCAGUUCUUCCCCUCCUCGUCGGUGGUGUUCUAUUACAUGAAACCGUGGCAAUGGAGUAGCUUCUGUUACCUGUAUCAAGGUCCGGCUGCGUCCAACAAGGUCAUUAUGCGCAUGAUCCUGGCGCUGUCAGCCAGCGAUAUGCAUCGUCAGGGGUUGGUCGUACGGUCCCCGGGCCGCCCCACGGCUGAAGAUCAUGCCCGAUUUCACUAUGGCCAUGCCGUCAAGGAAUUCCGCCAGCUGUUGGAAUCCCCGAAGCGAGAGCUGUCGACAACGGAACUCGAGAUGAUCUUUGCUACCAUGUUCCUCAUGGUCACCUACGAGUGGCAGUAUGGGAACUGCGUGCACCAUCUCCAGUUGCAUCUACAAGGAGUAAGAUCCUUGUUGGAGUCCCAUCCGGAGUUGUUCCAGAUCAAAGAUGUGACGAACGUCUUGUUAUCCAUGGAUGCGGAACACUCGGAUGAUUCGGUGCCGCGCGUGUCGUUCAUCCCGGAGCAAUUGCUCCUCUGGAUCCUGUAUAUCGACGCGAGCUGUCGUCCCAUGGGCAUCACCGAAUCUCUCUACGACUAUGUACUGAAAACCGGCAACCCCGCCCUUCACCCCGACCGUCUGCACCGCUGCGCCCGCCUGUGGGCCCGAUGUUUCUGGGGGAAGCAGUACCCCGAUCACCAGGUCUCGGAUGACAUGGAGAAUUACCGCGCGCUGGAGUUGCUGCAUGUUGGAUUCACGUUACGAUACCGGACCUUGAAACUACUUACGGACGGACCCCCCAGCGACCACGAAAUCGAGGGACUUUUCAAGGAGCUCAUGUCAGUCCACGACCGAUAUUCCGACCUUUUCCUGACGGCCAAGUUUUCCGGUCCCGCAUCCACGCGCCGCACCCUGAACACUAUCAACAUGGGAGUGGCGACCUUUUACGCGCAGCUGCUCUUCCACCGCCGCCUGCUCCGCCCGCACCAACCCCCCGCGACCGUCCACCGACAUGCGCUGACCAACAUCAUCGAGAUCACGCACAAGCAGUACGCGUCGGAUCCGCAGCUCCUCCGUCGCCUGCACUGGCCGGUCGUGAUGGCGGUGAUCGAAACCGACGACCCCGUACAACGCGACUGGCUGCGUCUGCGCCUGCUAGAACUGCGCGACUACCACGCGGAAUAUCGCUGGGCGAACGACAUCGCCGAGGAGGUCCUGGCUCGACAGGAUGCGAGCCAGGGGGAGUAUGCCAAUCUGGCGGAAUUGCUGCGCGAUUCUACCAAAGCCAAAGCCACCUAA